UUUUUUUUUUUUAUUAUUCUCGGAAAUAGUGUAUUAUAAUAACGAUUUUUUUUUGUAGUCCGACAUUCAUUUCCUACCACUCUCAAAUGCGCAUUCAACUCUUUUUUUUUUUUUUAUAAAUUUGUAUACAUAAAAUACUUAUUCUUUAGAUACACAGACACACACACAUAUAUUUAUAUAAACGACUAAAUGACUCAAGUUCCAAUAUCAGCAACUCAAAUCAAUUAUAAUAACACUAAUGAAGCACAAGAGCCAAUUUUAAACACUAAUGUUGAUGAUCCUUCUCAUCCUUUACACCAUCAUCGUCGUGUUGUAACUGAUUUUGACUAUGGAGAUAUUUUAGGCGAAGGUUCUUAUUCAACCGUCUUGAUCGGAAGAGAUAAACGUACAGGAAAACAUUAUGCUAUUAAACGAUUAGAUAAAGCACAUAUUGUUAAGAAUAAUAAAGUUAAAUAUGUCAUGAUUGAACGUGAUGCCCUCAGUAGAAUGAAUCAUCCAGGCAUCAUCAAGUUAUAUUGGACUUUUAAAGAUAAUCGUAGCUUAUAUUUUGUGUUAGAUUUAGCUAGAAAUGGAGAACUUUAUACAUAUAUUAGAAGGUUGGCUCCAUUUGAUUUAGAGAUAACGAAAUUCUAUGCUGCUGAACUUUUACUUGCAAUUGAACACAUUCAUAAUAAAGGAGUUAUUCAUAGAGAUAUUAAACCUGAAAAUAUAUUACUAGAUGAUAAUUUGCAUAUCAAAGUAACAGAUUUUGGCUCAGCCAAGAUAAUUCAAGAAAACGAUAAUAUAUCAGGAGAGAAUGAAGCUUCUUCUUCUAGGUCUUUUGUAGGUACAGCAGAAUACGUGCCUCCUGAAUUACUUCGAAGUGAUCCUGUAUCUAAAGAGGCUGAUCUUUGGGCAUUUGGUUGUGUUAUUUAUCAAAUGUUAUCUGGCAAAUCACCUUUUAAAGCAGCAACCGAUUAUCUCAUAUUUCAAAAGAUUAAAAACUUGGAAUAUACGAUUCCAGACAAUUUUCCUCAAACAGGAAAAGAUAUUAUUGAAAAAUUACUUGUAUCAGAUCCUGAGAGAAGAUUAGGAUCUUUAGCAACAGGAGGAAUUCAGGCUAUAAAGGAGCAUGCAUUCUUUGAAGGAAUAGAUUGGGAAAAUCUAUUUACAUCACAAGCACCACCUCUUCGAGACUAUUUGGAGAAGGAAGUUAAAGCGAAUCCAAUUAUAUCACCCACAUUUGAUUUUGACCAAGGUGGUGAAGAAGAAGAAGAAGAGGAAGAGAUGUGGUUUAAUCAUAAAAUGGUUAAAAAAACAUCUACAAGUCAAGUUCAAAACCCUUUUAACGAUCAUUCACAUGUAGUAGUUGAAGAACAUCAUAAUUCUACUACACAGCAUCUUCUAACAGAACAGGGCGGUCAUAGUUCUUCUUCUUCUUCAACAUCACCUCCAUAUAAUAAUGGCCCAUCAAAUUCAACAAAAUUGACUAUUAAAGAUCAAUCUUCUUUAUCUUUAAAUCAACAACCAUCUAUUGAAGAUGAGAAUGCAAAUAACAUGAGUAAAAUCAGUAGUGUAGCAUCAUCUACGCAUAGUACUCGAGAAAGGUUAGGUGAACAAGCACAUCCACCAUGGAUCCCUCAUUUAUAUCCUAAUGAAUCUGUCAUCAAGGCAGGACAAGUGACUCGAAAAAGAGGCUUUAUUUCAAAAAAACGAAAUUUGAUUUUAACAAAUAGACCAAGACUAUUAUAUUUGGAUGAAGGUACAAAUAAGAAUAAAUUAGAUGGUAAUCUAAGGUGUGAAAUACCUUGGACGCCACAAUUAUUACCUGAACUCAAAGGUAGAUCCACCUUUUGUAUUCGUACGCCUGGAAAGACAUAUACCUUUAUAGAUCGUCAACACGCUCAAGAUUGGGUUAAUACAAUUAAUUCAAUGCUUGUGGAUUCAUUCGGUAUAACUUCGUGAUGAUAAAAGAGGAGAUACUCUUUAUACAAUAAAGAUAAUAUAGGAUUUAUUUAUUCAUCUUUUUGAUCAUCAUGUAUUAUAACAAUAAUAGACAGUUCUAUUUAUUAUAAGGACGAUAAAGCCUUAUAAAAAGUUUAUAUAUUAUAUUCUGUAUUGUAAAUAUUGUAUCAUGAAACUAUUCGUUUAAAAUAUCACUAGCACAAAAUAAAAGGAAGAGGUGUUUCUUUAACUGCUUUUUUCCUUAUCUAAAGUUUAAUUUUCGCCAAAAGGGCCAUCAUCAAUUAUAUUCAUUUUUUACCAGUAUAUACUACAGAGAAUGUCAUUUUACAUGGAGACAUACCUAUUUUCUAAAGAAAAAAA